UGAGUUUAUAACAUUGAUCGGUGCAGUAGUGAAAUAUGAUAUGUGUGAAUGUGAAGUGCCUACAAAUCGUAUUAAAAGAUUUUCAUGAAUACUAUUGCUAAAAUAUCUUAAUCAGUUGCAUAGGUACAAGGAACGUCUAAAGAAUAACGUACAUUGUUUUUUUAUCACAUUAUUUUAUUGUAAUUCGUCAUAAUUAUAAAGAUAAUCGUAAAUAAACAGACCGAUCUCGAUCAUAUACAAAUAAAUUAAAUAGAAUAAGAAGAAAAAGUGAUUGUUUAUAAAAGCAAAUAGAGAGAACGAUUAUUUAAAUCAAAGGUGUUCAUCAAAUUUAUUUAAGGAAACAUUACACACAACAUAAAAAUAUUAUUGUUAAUUAUAUUUGUUAAUAAUAUUUAUAAAAAUGAAGGUAUCAACAAUGUUAACGGAAAUAGACGAGCUACCCUCGAUACGCAUGGGAGAUGUAGUUCUACGUUUAGAGCUAGACGGUCCAAAUGAAUUUUCACGGGGAGUUGCUGAAAAAGAAUUGAGGGAAACAAAUGAAGUGAAGAAGAAAGCUAUAGAUGAACUUAAAAAUUUAUUACAAAAGGAAACCGAUUUAAUGUGCCCAUUGGAAAACGAGGACUGGUUGGUUAGGUUUUUAAGACCUACUAAAUUUUAUCCAGAAAGUGCUAAAGAACUGAUCAAAAGGUAUUAUUCAUUUAAAGUAAAACAUCAUGAUGUUUACAACAAUUUGGUACCUGACAAUGAAUCUAAUAUUUUUAAAUCAAAUAUUUUAACAGUUUUCUCUAACCGAGAUCAAUUAGGUCGAAGAGUUCUAGUCAUAGAGCUAGGGAAAAAGUGGAAUCAUAAAAAAGUUAGCCUGGAUGAAGUGUUUAAAGGAUGUGUUUUAUUUUUAGAGAUGGCUUUAUUAGAAUCAGACACUCAAAUUAAUGGUGGUGUUGUUAUAUUUGAUAUGGACGGUUUAUCAUUAUCUCAAACAAUGCAGUUUACACCACCUUUUGCUAAACGUAUUGUUGAUUGGUUGCAAGAUUCUGUACCAUUACGUGUCAAAGCAAUACAUAUCGUUAAUCAGCCAAAAAUUUUUAAUAUUGUUUUUGCAUUAUUUAAACCCUUUUUAAGAGAAAAAUUACGUUCAAGAAUAUAUUUUCACGGAACUGAUCGCGAUUCAUUGCACCAGCAUAUGUCACCAAAAGUUUUACCCAGUUGUUAUGGUGGUAUCUUAGAGUUAAAACGACCCGAGGGUGAAGAAUGGUAUUCCAUUUUAAUGAAAUGCUCAAAAGAAUUUCAAGCAAUUAAUAGUUAUGGUUACAAUAAAAAGUAAUUAGUAUUAAAUGUAUAAUAAUUAAGUAUGUAAAUAGUACUUACGUAAUAUUUCUGUUAUAGAUACUUAAAACAUUCUGUAUAUAGUUUAUAGUGAUAUACAGAAGACAAUUCUUGCAAUUACACAAUGAACUACUAUUUUUGAGCAACGCUGAUUCAAGUUAAAAAACUCAAAGCUCCUCAAAAAAGUAGGUGAAUCUGUAAUUACAAAAAUUGUCUUCUGUAUAGCACUAUGAAUUAUAUACACAAUCAAAAUUUUAUAAAACUUAUUACAUGUAUGGUAUCGAUGUUAAAGUAAAAUAUUUCGAAAUUUAAAUGUUCCGUAAAUAAUUUAAAAUUAUGUACAUAAUAUAACUGUACGUAAGGUCAAUCAUUUUAUAUUUAUCAAAAAUUUCAAUAUAAUAACUUUAAAUAAUGAAAAGUCUAUUUAAGUACCACAAGAAUUAUGUUCAAAUAUGUAAUUGUAGCUACAUUUUUAGUUUUUUUAAAUAAUUUUGAAAAUUGCAAGAUUUUUAGAGAGUUGCAAGGUAAAUUGAUUGUAAAUCACCACAAAAUGGUAGCAACUUUUUUUUAAAUGCAAUAAAGUAAAUGUCUCCAAAUACCGAA